UCAUAUAAACCCCGCCCGCGGUUGAGACGAUCCCUCGAGCUAAACCAAAGUGCAUCGAAAACGAAUCCUCUCUCCAAUGGCGGCGUCGGUGGAGAAGAGGCUCGUGCCCAUGAUGGCCUUCUGCGAGUUGCCGUUCGACGGCACCCUGGACGGCACCACGGCCGCGUCGUCGUCGCCGGCCUCGAGGGGCGGCGGAGGACCCCGCCCGCGGUUGAGACAAUCCCUCGAGCUAAAACAAGCGCAUCAAAACCGAAUCCUCUCCCCGAUGGCUGCGACGGUGGAGAAGAGGCUCGUGCCCAUGAUGGCCUUCUGCGAGACGCCGUUCGACGGCACCCUGGACGGCACCACGGCCGCGUCGUCGUCGCCAACCUCGAGGGGCGGCGCCACCUCCGCCUCCUCCUCCGGCGACGCCGCGGCGACGAGACGUGCGAUGCUGGCGGCAGUCGCCAAGGAGUUCCCGCUCACGUCGCAGCGGCGGGAACAAGCUCAGCAGCAGAGGGGUGGGGCGGUCCAUGGCAUGACGGUCUUGGAGACCAUCGUCAUGGAGUGACCGAAAGGAAAGGAGAUCGCAUACUUCUCCGUCUCGUCUCAUUUUCUUUCGCUGUUCGUGUCUCGCUUAUAAUGGACUUUUUUUUUU